GUCUGGUAGCGGAGCAGUUCCUGGAGUCGACGGCGACACAGCUAUCGUAUCACGGUCUGUGUGAACUCAACACGACGGCCAAAGAGGGAGAAAUCUCUGUGUUCUUCAGAAACAACCACUUCAGCACCAUGAUCAAACACAAGGGUCACCUGUACCUGUUGGUGACAGAUCAGGGCUUCCUGCAGGAGGAGGGUUUGGUCUGGGAGUCUCUUCAUAACGUCGAAGGAGACGGAAACUUCUGCGACUCCGACUUCAGGCUGUGUCAUCCUCCUCAGAGAGCUCCGCCCACCACCAGCCUGCCGCCGAGCGCCCAGGAGCAGCAGAGACAGAUCGACCAGGACUACCUGGUGGCGGUGUCCCUGCAGCAGCAGCAGGGCGGGGCCCCGGGGCCCCUCAGUGACCUGGAGUUGGCCCGACAGCUCCAGCAGGAGGAAUACCAGCAACAGCAGCAACUCCAGCAACAACAGCAACAGCAGCAACAGGGAUCAGUGCAGGCAGCACAGCAGGUCAGAGGUCAGGGGUCACAGCAGGGCGGGGCCAGGAGAAGAGAGAAGGACUCGGACUGUGUCGUCCUAUAGACUCUUCUUCAUCAUCAUCAUCAUCGUCAUCGUGUACGAGCAGCCGCCAAACUGUCUGCAGCGGGGAGGAGGUCUCACACACACACACACACACACACACACACACACACACACAC